AUGGGAUCCAACGUUGAGCUGGUAUGGCCAGAGUCAGAGGCAUAUUCCUCACGGGUGAACAACUGCUCACAUGCAAAUUCAUCCCUAGCUGUAAUUCGAGCGAAGUUGAGUGCCGAACAAUUAGAACAAUUCAAGACAUCAUGCUUUGGCCAUCUUCUGAAUAUAGAUAAGAUUCAGUUUAGCGGGCAGAUUGUGCAUGGGGUUGUGUUGCGUAGAGUAGCGGGGCAGGGUGUGAAAGACUUGGAUGGACUGAGUUUCUUAAUAGGGUGCGACGUUGCUCAGUUCACUCGUCAGGAUUUCUGUUUGAUCUCAGGGCUUCGUUUUGGGGAAGUGCCUGAAGUUUCCAGUGGAGAAAGUGAUGAAAUUAGACUUCAGAAAAGAUAUUUUAUAGACGAAGGAAUUACAUGUAAUGCUUUAGAAGAAGCAUUUGUGAGGUGCACAGAGGAAGAUGACGUCUACAAGCUAGCUCUUGUUUACUUUGCUGAGUUAGUGGUUUUGGGAAGGGACAAACAUUUGAACAUCAAUCUAAAUUACCUGACCCUUGUAGAGGACUUGGAUGCGUUCAACAGGUUUCCAUGGGGUUCGGUGUCGUUUGACAAAACCCAAGACAGUCUGUUUUCUGCACCAACAAAGUAUGUGAAAAGCUUUGAAAAUGAAGAGGGAAGAGGGAAGGGGAAAUGUAAGGUAACCGGAACAAGCCGGAGAAAUGAGAAGGGCAAGAAGGAUAACCAUGGUGAAGUGCAAAGGGGUGGCUGGAGUUUUAAAGGUUUCACGUAUGCUUUCCAGAUUUGGGUAUAUGAAUUAAUUCCUAGAAUGGUGGACCUGAAUUACUGCAAGGUUGUUGAUCCGACAGCUCUCCCGCGUAUUUUGCGAUGGAGAACUACUACGUCUGUUCCCGAGAUGAGAAAGUUGAACAAUUAUUUUUUCCAGAGCAAAGAGUCAGUUCAGUUGCGGGCGCUAUGUCCAAGUGAAGAGGAAAUGAGACAACCAUAUUGGAGUUGGCCACAGGGUCGCCCUGCUGUUGUCUCGGCAGAGUCAAUUCCUUCUUCAUGUGCUGACCUUGAUGAGUUGAACAAGGCGGUAAGCUUGUUGAGGUCCGAGUUGUUUCAAGUAAAGCGGGAAAAGGACGUCCUUGAGUUAAAGGUCAUACGGAUGGAAAAAAAUUUGGGCCACUGUUUAGGUCCUCAUUUUGAGCAGGAAGUGAGAAGGGACAUAGCUUUACUGAAAGAGAGGACGAAUCGUUGUGUCGUGUCACAUCUAUUUAAGGGAUAUGAGGAAGUGGAUGGCAUGCAAUGGGAUGAAGGGCCAAGUAAUAGAAAUGAAGGAGAGGCAAAUGAAGAGGAGGACAUUGAAGGGGGUGAAGGGCCAAAUAACAGAAAUGAGGGAGAGGACAAGGAAGAGGAGGGGAUUGAAAGGGGUGAAGGGGCAAGUAAGACAAAUGAGGGAGAGGAAAAGGAAGAGGAGGGGAUUGAAGGGGGUGAAGUGCCAAGUAAGAGAAAUGAGGGAGAGGAAAAGGAAGAGAAGGGGAUUGAAGGAGGCCAAGUGCAAAGAAAACCAAGGGAGGUAGAGGAAGCUCAAAGGAAAAGAAGUGAGGGAGAGCAAGUGAAAAUAAAAAGCAGCAAAGGAGAGGAAGCGCAAAGAAAGAGCAUUGAGGGAGAGGAAGAACUGCAAAGAAAAAGCAGUGAGGGAGAGGAUCCAAAAAAAAAAAAAAGGGCAAGGAAGUGA